GGCGGCUGCGCUCUUCAGCUGGCCGCCGGGAGCCGCAGUGUUCGUGUCGCUCGCUUUACGUCGCUCUCUCCCUCUCUCACUCGCUCUCUCUAGACGUUGCUACCUCUCGCUCACUCUCACACGCCAUGGACCCAGCCUUCGAGGGAGCCGGAGCCGUGGAAGGCCUGCAGAUCUGGAGGAUAGAGAACUUCACAGUGGUGCCUUACCCUAAGGAGAAGUAUGGCCAGUUCUACCAGGGUGACUCCUACAUCGUCCUCUAUACAAAUGAUAUCAACGGGAACCUGAGCUGGGACCUGCACUUCUGGCUGGGCUCGGAGUCAUCACAGGAUGAAGCAGGUGCGGCAGCCAUCAAGACAGUGGAGCUGGAUGAACAGCUGGGUGGAGUACCUGUUCAACACAGAGAGGUGGAGGGCCACGAGUCCUCCCUCUUCCUAUCCAGGUUCAAGAAAGGUGUGAGAUACCUGAAGGGAGGUGUUGCCUCUGGAUUUCAUCAUGUGGAUCCUGAUGAACCUUACCCUGCUCGCCUCUUCCACGUCAAGGGACGCAGGAAUGUCCGCAUCAAACAGGUUGAAGCAAAUGUAGCAUCCAUGAACAAAGGCGAUUGCUUCAUCCUGGACUGUCGUACGACUGUGUAUGCGUACAUGGGGCCCAGCAGCAGGAGAAUGGAGCGACUUAAGGCCAUCCAGGCUGCAAAUGCUGUGCGGGAUGAUGAUCAUGCUGGCAAAUCUAAAGUUAUUGUUAUUGAUGAAACGGCAUCAGGUCGUGAGAUUGAAGAGUUCUUUGCUGGUCUGGGUGGAGGCUCUCCUGAUGAUGUUGCUGAUGAAGACACUGGUGUUGAUGAUGCUGAAUUUGAACGUUCUGAAGUGAGUGUAGUGACACUGCACCACAUAUUUGAAGAUGGUGAUGGUGUGAUCCAGACACGUAUGAUUGGUGAGAAACCACUUGAACAGUCCAUGCUGAACUCUGGUGAUGAAGGACAGGACUGCUUCCUUCUCGACACUGGCUCUGGGGUGUACGUGUGGAUUGGCAGUGGCUCCAGCAAGAAGGAGAAAGUCAAGAGCAUGGAGAUGGCAGCCAACUACAUGGAGAAGAAAGGAUAUCCCAAAUGGAGGAGCGUACAACGUGUGGUUGAGAAAGCGGAACCGGCUGUAUUUAAAGCAUACUUCAAGACGUGGAAGGAGCCCCAAGAACAACUUGGUCUCGGCCGUGUCUUUACUCAGAGACAAAUGUCAGCAGGCAAGUCCUAACUUAAUGUUGAAUAC